CAGGUUUGAAGAACCUUACUCUUCUAUCUUAUGGAUUGUUCACAUCUUUAGGAAAGAUUGUGCCCUCCUCCCCUUUCCAGAUGGAGGAUUAGGGCACAGAGCAUGUCAACAAUUAGCCUAAUUUCCCCAUUUAGAUUGAGUGAAGAACUCAGAUUCUCUACUUGUUUCUGGGUAUUUGCUUCUCUGGAGAACAGUGCCUUAGAAGGCAGCUGUAGGGCAGGAGAAAGGGCACCAGAUUUAGAAUCUAAAGUUCUGAGUUUGAAUUUUAGGAUCAUUUUUUGCUAAACUUGGUUUCCUCAUCUGUAAAAUGGGACAGUUCACUUAGAUGACCUUCAUGACUCAAUUCUUAAUCCUAUGCACUUAAUAAUAGGAAAUGGGACCACAUUCUUCUAUGGAAGUUAGGCAAUCAUGUUUUCAUAGGCUUUCUAUAUCUAGUUUCACUUGGUGUGGAGUCCCAGGCAGACUCGUCUGCUUGGUGUCCUCUCUUUCAUUUCUGAGUCUUUGUAAAGGUGGUCUAUUCUCCAUGCUGAAGUAAACUCUCUUACCAUUUCUGCCUUUUGGAUUCUUUAGUUUCCUUUGAAGCUCAGUUCAUGCACCAUGUCUUUCUUGAUCCCUCUCAUCAAUAAAUAGACAUUUAUUAAGUACCUACUAUGUGCCAUACAAAGCAAGCCCUCUCUUCUUCCUGAAAUUAUUUACCAUCUGUGUGAAUCUUGUACCUCAUUCCUCAGUAGAGUGUGAAUUUCCUGAGGGCAGGAGCUCUUUUUAAAAUUUUUUGGUAUCUUCAGCCUUUCAUUGUUGACUUGAGCAUAGUAGGCACUUACCAAGUGUUUGUUGAAUGAAAGAGAGAACUUUGUAUUAAGGAUUUUCUUAAUGGUGUGACCCUAUGUAUUCUAGCAGUUCCUGUUUCAUGGAUGGAAAAGAAGAACCUAUCCAACUUGGAGGAAUUUAUUCUCUUGGGAUUCCCAGGGACGCAGGGUUUGCAGAUAUUCCUCUUCCUGUUGUUCUUUGUCAUGUAUGUGCUCACUGUAAUGGGCAACAUGGCCAUCAUCACCUUGGUCUGGAUCCAUCAGCGCCUUCAGACCCCCAUGUACUUUUUUCUCUGUAAUCUCUCCUUCCUGGAGAUCUGGUUCACCACAGCCUGUGUCCCUAAGACCCUGGCUAAUUUUGCAUCUCAGAGCAAAGUCAUCUCCUUCAUCAGUUGUGCCACACAAAUGUAUUUCGUCUUCUCUCUGGGAUGCACUGAAUAUUUUCUUCUGGCUGUAAUGGCAUAUGACCGCUAUCUGGCCAUCUGCUACCCUUUGAGAUACAGCACCAUCAUGACGCACUCUGUGUCAGCCCGUCUUGCCUUGGUUUCCUGGGUGUGUGGCUUCUCAGCCAUCACUGUGCCCACUGCCCUCAUCACUCGUCUCUCCUUUUGUGCUUCCAAUGUCAUCAACCACUUCUUCUGUGACAUUGCCCCAUGGAUCGUGCUAUCUUGCACGGACACUCGGGUGGUAGAACUCGUGUCUUUUGGGAUUGCUUUCUGUGUCAUCUUGGGCUCUUGCAUCAUCACCUUGGUCUCCUAUAUCUACAUCAUCUCCACCAUUGUGAGGAUCCCAUCAGCCCAGGGGCGACACAAGGCCUUUUCCACGUGUUCCUCCCACCUCACUGUGGUUCUCAUCUGGUAUGGUUCUACCAUCUUCUUGCAUGUGAGAACCUCUGUUGAGAGUUCCCUGGACUUGACCAAGGCCAUUACAGUUUUGAACACCAUUGUAACUCCUGUACUCAACCCCUUUAUAUACACUCUCAGGAACAAAGAUGUGAAGGAAGCCUUGAGGAAGACAGUCAGUGGGAAGUGAAUGUCCCCCAGACCCAGCACCCUGGUUUGAUAAUUGAGGUCUGGAAAGUUCCUAUUAAUUCGAAUGUUGCGUGCAGGCUUCCUAGACUGUAUAUUCCUUAGUUAAAGCUGAUAAAGUCUAAUUGGGGCAUGUUGACUAACUGGCAUAGGGAUGGGAUUGAGUCAUGUACUAGAUAAUGUAAACAUCAUCACCGAUAAAAGCUUAUUAACAACAUUCAAUUCAAUCGAACACAAAUUUAAUAAGUGGUUUCUAGGUGCUAAAU